AACUUUACUAUAAUAAUGUAUUCCAUCCAUUUCAAUGAGACAAUUUCCCCCGUCUUUCCAAUCCAAAUGUUCCAGUGACGACGACUGACAAAAAAAAGAUUUUCAUCUAUAAUUCAGUGUUUUGAUAUCAACGAGCAAAAGCCUUUCGAUCAAUUGAAUUGUUACAUAUUUUUUAACAUUGUACGUCCAUCGUUUAGCCAUCUAAACAUGUAAGAAAAUAUUUUGGUGACUAUAAAGAUUUGCAUCUUUAUUCGUUAUUGGCAUAGUUGUAUGUUAUAGCAAAAUGGUGAGUGUUAUUGAUGACUCAGAAGCUGAUGAUCAGGCAAAAUGCCUGGUACGAAAAUUCAAUAACCCUCGCGAUAAGUCUACUGAUGAUGAUAAAUUAGAAUGCUGUGUUGAUAAGAAUCUAACUGUUCGCCAGUUUAUUAAUAUUGUUGCACAGCAUUACAAUUUGGAUUUUGAUUCUUUUUCCUUGACAUUUAGUUCAUUUAAAUCAGAUUCUACAUUGGAUACUGGAACCAAUGAUAAGCCAAAAUUAGAAGCAGAUGAUGACCGUUUAUUGAUAGAUGUCGGUGUUAUUUUUGGUGAUGGUACUCAAAAUCGUUUUGUACUAUCAGAGAAUGAAGUUGAAGAAAGCGAUCAGGCUGAAUGUAUUGUCCGCAUACCUAAGGAUAUGAAAGUGUUCCCAUUGACUGUGGAUCAAAAUGAAACUGCAGGUCAACUGUAUAAACGUGUAUUAGAAUUAUGUCAAGCAGAAGAUAUAAAUACAGAAUAUUUUGUUUUAACUUUUAAUUCCUAUAAUGUCAAUACUGAAUUGGUCAAACUUAUGAUAAGAGAAGAUGAUACAAGAUUGCUGAGUGACAUUGGGAUUGUAUACCGUGAAGGAGUGAAAAAUCGUUUUGAAAUAUCACUGAACAUUUUAUCAGAUAAUAUGGAUAAUGAUAGUUCAUCAAAAUCCUGUUCCCCUACUCAAGAUCAAAAAAUAGAGAGCCAAUAUUCAAAAAUUCAUCCUUCAAUUCGUCGAAAUGGUCUAGAUUCAUCGUCUGUUAUAGAAAAUAAUGUAUUAGAACCAACAUCACCAAUGCCAAUGCUUACAUUACCUUCUACCCGUAUGCUGUAUAAUCGUUCAACUGAAAGAGCAUAUACAGGAUACAGAGGUUUAGUAAAUCAAGCAAUGACUUGUUACUUAAAUAGUUUAUUGCAAGCAUUAUAUAUGACACCAGAAUUUCGAAAUGCUCUAUACAAAUGGAAAUUUGAUUUUGAUGCAAACAUUGAUGAGUCAAAAUCGAUACCAUUUCAACUUCAGAGAUUAUUCUUAAACCUACAAACUUCACCGAGACAUAGUGUUGAAACAACAGAACUUACGCGUAGUUUUGGUUGGGAUUCAAGUGAAGCAUGGCAACAGCACGAUGUUCAAGAACUUUGUAGAGUCAUGUUUGAUGCUCUUGAACAAGAAUUUAAAAAUACCACUCAUGUUGAUCUCAUAAACCAGCUUUAUCAAGGCAAAAUGAUUGAUUAUGUAAAAUGUCAAGAAUGUGGAAUUGAAAAAUCUAGAGAAGAUACAUUUUUAGAUAUACCUUUACCUAUACGUCCAUUUGGAAGUACUAAUGCUUAUGGAUGUAUAAAAGAAGCAUUAAAAGGAUUCACCCAGCCUGAAACAUUAGAUGGAAAUAAUCAGUAUUUUUGUGAACGUUGUAAUAAAAAAUGUAAUGCUCACAAAGGUCUAAAAUUCAGCAAGUUUCCAUACAUUAUGACAUUACACUUGAUGCGUUUUGAUUUUGAUUAUAACACUAUGUAUCGCAUUAAAUUAAAUGACAAAGUUGUGUUUCCUUUAAAACUAAAUUUAAAUAGUUUUAUAUCAAAUAAUAAAAAUGGUUUAGAUAAAGAGGAGGCACUAUCUGAAGGAUUUCCUGAAGAAUUGUUUGGAUCUGGUAGCAAAUGUGAUGAUAGUAGUUAUACUGGCACAGACAGUUCAUCCGCAUUAGAUGAAAUUGAUCAAGAUGAAGAUGAAGGUAUUGACCUUAGUCAGCACAGACAUGAAGAUAAACGUGGAGUAGAUUUGAACUCAGAAAAUGAACCAAUUGGGCCAUAUAUGUAUGAACUUUAUGCUAUCAUGAUACAUUCUGGCAGUGCUUCAGGAGGACACUAUUAUGCAUAUAUUAAAGACUUUAAAACUGAUCAGUGGUUAUGUUUUAAUGAUCAAUCUGUAUCAGUGAUCACAAUGGAUGAUAUUGAAAGAAGUUUUGGUGGUGGACCUAUUCGAGGAUAUUAUUCAGGCCAAUACACGUCUAGUACUAAUGCAUAUAUGCUCAUGUACAGACAAAUUGAUCACAGAAGAAAUAAAAAUGCAAUGACUCAAGAAGAAUUUCCACCACAUUUAAAAGAACUUCAUAAUUUAUUGGAGAGAAAAGCCGAAGAAGAUAGACAGAUGAGAGAAAGAGAACGAGAUAUGUACAAGGUUCCUGUUCACUUGGCUGAUUUUAUGGAAUGUGGUGUGCGAAGCUGGCAAUUUGAUUGUAGUGGGACCACUACUGUUGAACAAUUAAAGGCUAUGGCUAUUGAGCACUUCAGAGUCACCAAGCCGUGUCGAUUAGUCAUUUUCAAUAAACAGGAUCAAAAAGUGGUUGAAAACUUGGAAGAUAAGAAUAAUUAUCUGGUAUGUCACUUGAAAUAUUCAUUGACGUUUGUAUUGCUACUUCAAAUGAUUGAUACUGAAGACAAUAGAAGUGUUGUAUCUACUCCAGGGUAUGUCUUGAUGAAAUUGUUCAUGAUAAACUUGGACGAUAAUGAAGAAGAUAUUGAUGUAAGUCAACCGGUGGAAAUUGAAAUUGAACUAAACAAAGAGAUAAGAGACCUCAGUAAUCUGUUAUAUACAAAAUAUGAUAUAUCUAGAGAAUCGGUAUUGCAUUUUGCCAUUCAGAGUAGUUCAAAACCAACAUUGCUUGAAGAAAGCGCACCAUGUUCAUCUAUCUACACCAAUUAUGUUUUUGUGUUCAUAGAACGUCAUGCUAUUGAACAAUCAGUCUUGGGGCACAAGAUGAAAAACAUUAUCACACGAUACGACAAUACAAUUCUAUUACAAUUCAUCAUGCCAACAAAAGAUACAGAAACUUUACAUAAAUUAAUGGCUUUAUACAAUAAAAACUAUGUGAAUGGUUAUAAUGACGAUGUGUCUAUGCUACCAUUAGAAAAACAAGCAGGUGUGUUAGAAGUGGAUUGUGAUCAGUCAAAUGAAGACAAUAAUUUGGUUGCCAAUCCUGAGGAUAUGUGUGUUGUAGCUAUUGGUAGUGGAAAUGGAGAUCAAAGCGAGGAUAGUAGUAUAACAGAUAGUGAAAGAACAAUCAAAGGAGAUGCCAUUGAAGAUUAUCACAUGGAUUCUCCUACUUUUGAACAUGACCCAAUAAAGGUUUAUGAUCAAGGCAGAUCGGAGGAAAACUGGGAUGGGACUGAAGAUGAUGAUGACGAUAAUGAAUUCCAGUCAAAUGAAAAAUAUUUUUUCAAAACAACAAAGUUAUCAGACAAGACAUCUGAAGACGAUGAUGAAAAACUCUAUGCGUAUGUCGAUAAGCGCAUGACUGUCAAAGAACUCAAAACUCAAUUAGUGCCAUACAUCAACAUACCAUCUGAUUUUAUUAUUCUGAAUCGAUGCAAAUCAGACACAGAAUUAGAAGAACUGGCGUUACCUAGCAGUUCUUUAGAAGAUUUGGCUUACUCAGACACAAUUAAAAUUACCAUGGGUCAAGCAUUACAUGAUGGUGAAUAUCGCGGUAUUAUUUAUUGGAUUGAACCACAAGAACAGACACAGAUUUUGUUUAAGAAAAUGUUUGAUUGGAUCAUUAAGAAAGGUACCUCAGUCUUAGAAACCAAAAGAGAAUUAUUGAUUAAAUUAAAUAAUACUCACAAUAUUGAUAUACCUUUAAACAGGUGUCGUUUGCGUAAGAAAAAAAGAGACUCUCUAAUGCGAUGUUAUUUCAAUGAAGAAAUCUGGAAUGAAGAUAUCGGUCAGGGGUGGGAAAUGGUCAUAUUGGAUCUAAAAGAUCGUUCCGAAUUAGAAUUAAAUAAAACCAAACGACUUAUGUUUGUUAAUCACAUAGAAGAAGCAACGCCGCGUGUUAUUUCUGAAAUGGAAUUUGUUGUUGAUAUAGCAUCCACAACAUCUCCCAACACACAGCUGGGCACUGAAAUUUCAAAGAAACUUAAUAUACCUGAAGAUCAGCUAGAAAUGGGUUAUAUGCAUGGUCAUUCGACUGAAAUCACUUGGAAAACAAGCGUGUUCAAUUGGUCAUUUAGUUUGUCUGACGACAACAUAAUUUUAUACUGUCGUAAUGCAGAUAACACAUCCAAUAAAGAAACACCAAGCAAGUGGCGUAGACAACGCAAAGAACGUUCAUUAAGAAUACAUACUAAUAAUGAUUAAACUUAUUAUGUAUUGUUUAAUGUUUGGUUAAUUGUUCAUGUAUUUAUUACUGGAGGAGGUAAAAAUCAGUUUGAAAUACUUGUUUUAAUCUGUCUUUAAAAAAAAAAAAUAAUUAAUUUUCUACAACCAAAAACAAAAACUUUCAUACUUGGUCUGUUAAUUUUAAAAAAUUCAUUAGAUUCAUUUUUAUCAUUUGUGUACAUGUCGAUAUCAAAAAUACAAAUUUCUUUUUUCUAGUUUAAAUAUUUUUAUCUGUGAUAAAAAAAUUAAUAAAUAAUAUUUAAUAUAGAUUUUGUAAUAUGUAUUAAAAAAAAAAAAUAAUUUUUAAAAGUUUUAAAUUUGAAAAUAUAUUUUCUACAAUAUAAAAAAGUCAUACAUAUGAUAUAUAUGUAUGUAUUUACAAAUUUAAUAAAUAUUUUUUAAAACAACAAACUGUUGAAUACAAAAAUAAAUUAAUAAAUGUGACUAGUAGCACUCGUCCGCUCGUACAUAUAUAUAUUCUAAAGUUUUACUUAAAAUAAACUAGUUGCUAUUUUUUUGUUAAAUAUUAAAACAUAUAAACAAAUUUGUAAAAAAAAUAUAAAUAUUACCUGAGCUUUUUAAUCUAUUUUGUAUCUUCAAUAAUACAAAUGAACCUUACUAUUUAGCCUCAAAAUUAUACUGUCCAAAAAUCAAUCAAUAACAAAGUAAACCAAACACAAAUUGAUUUUAUAAAAUAUAAAAUUUGCUGGUUUUUCUAAAUAUCUAAUAAUCAUAAACAUGUAUUGCUCAGAUCUUUGUUAUGUAAAACGAAACGUUUUAUAUCUAAUUUAUAAAAAUUAAAUUAUUGUGUUAGCUUGUUUUUUUCCUUAUUUUUGUAUUAUUUAUUAUUUAUUUAUUAUUACUAUUAUUUUGUAAUUAAAUGUGUUUAAAAUAAGAAAACUUUCAUUGUUGUAAUAUUUGUUAAAACUGUCCAAGUAUUUUAAAAUGUACUUAAAUAUAAAAAUGUUAAAAAUGUAUUAUACAUUUCUAGCACAAAUGUUAAGUGGUCACUAAAAAGUAAUAGCUUAUUUUCGAACAGUUUGAGAAGAAAAAAAUAGAAAAGAAAAACUCAUAUCAAUAUAUACAAAAAAAAUACAAUUGUUUAGAACUUUUGAUUUUUAAAUCUAAUAAAAAAAAAAAGGGUUCCUAA